AUGUCUACCAGCAAUUUUGAUCUCCAGGCGGAAUGGCGCGAAGCAUGUCUCGAAUUUAUACGUGCCACAGGCAUAAACCUGGAUGUCAAGUCGCCAACCGCAAGCCAGAUUGCAGCAAAGCUGGAUGAACUCAAUGAAGCCAAGGACAUAGAAAGCCAGUCGAAGAUCGAAAAGGCCAAACGCGCAGUUGGCAAUACUAUGAGAGCCAUCCAAACCAUUGGGACUCUACUUGCUCAAGGCGCACAGAUGUCGGGUUUUGGAGGACCAGCCAACGUAACCAUGAACUGUGUUUCAUUUUUCAUCGAAGCUGGCUUUGCGUACCAGAAGAUUGCUGCAGACAUCGGUGUCCUCUUUGAUGAAAUCUGUCCGAUUAUGGAACGUGCUGAGCUUUACAUCAAGGAGCGCAGGGUUUUGGGGCCAGAGAUGGAACUUACGGCCCACAGAAUGCUGAUAGCGGUCGUCAAAACUUGUCAGUACUGUAUCGGAGUUCUUGGGCGGGAGAAGGGUUCCAAACGAGCGAAAGCGAAACAGGUCUUACAUGCGACGCUAUUCAAAGGUGAAGAGACGGUGCAGGCGCAGAUCAACACUUUGGCCACCUUGGUAGACCGAGAGCAGAAGAUGGCGGAUGCAGUCACUGUCACCACCGUCAAGAAUCUUGACGCGAACGUAAACGUUGUUAUAGCAGACGUAAAAACCGUCGGUGCUGGGGUUAGCCUCAUGAACGAGAACCUGGCAAAGACCCUCGCUGGAACAGCAGAGGAGAAGAUGAAGCAGGAGAUACGGAACAAGCUUGGAGUCGACGUAUCCGUUGUGAGGGCGCUUCAAUCACAGUAUCGCACUCGCCGCGAGAGACUCAAAGGGGGCACUUGCGCCUGGUUGAAGGACAGCCUAGACUAUACGUUAUGGUCUGAUCACCAGAAGACGUCAGAGCCGGUAUUGAUACUUUCCGGCAAUGAAGGAAGCGGCAAGUCGUAUGUCAUGACCUCAGUCUUGCAAGCUCUUGAGAGGCGUUAUCCGCAAGGUCGUGACGACUCUACGCGGAUAUCUGUAGCUCAUUUUUCGUUCACUCGUAACGCCCCAUCCAACCAAGAUAGCCAAACAAGCGAAUCACCCCCCAAAAAUGCAAAAGCCGCGCCAUCAGUCAAGGAAAUGCUUCGCACAUGGGCAUGCCAGAUCAUGGAGAACGAUACGUUCUAUAGGAAGGAUGUGCACAAAGUGUUGAACGACAACCCGGAUUUCGACCCACUGGAUCAUUUGGUGCAGAAACUCUUCCUGGAUCGGCUGCCAAAUGGUGCAGUGUUCUACCUCGUGUUGGAUGAAACCCACGAGAUGGACGAAGACGGUUGCUCCGAGAUCUCAAGCCUCCUCCACAUUCUAUCGAAAACAAGCGCCGAUCUGAACUCACUCAGAAUUAUGAUGACUGCAAAUCCUUCUCUACAGCGCAAGCUCGAAGCAUGCGCCCCGUCUUCCACUGUAGUCAUCCAACUCGAGGACCACAAUCAGCUCGACAUUCAGAAAUAUGUCGAAUCCAAAGCUGGAAUGCUCGCUUGCUUCCAGACGAUGUCCAAGGAGGUUCAGGAACUCAAAACUUGGGUUGUUACGGAGCUUCCAAAAGCGGUGGAUAAGAAUUUCCGCCUCGCUGAGCGGAAGCUGGAAGAGAUCAACAGCUGCCAGGAUGUGGGAAGCGUGCGGCAAAUCAUUGAAGAGAUUAAGAAGGAAGGCGCGAAAUUAUUCGACUCGAUUGACAAGGAACUACGCCUUUGUAAUACAAGGCUCAACACAAAGCAAGUGCGCAAUGUCAAUGCGCUCCUCCUCUGGGUCAUCUAUGCUACAUGGGAUCUUCAGGUUUAUGAGCUUGAAUCAAUUCUAUACGUCCAAGAGCAACACAAACCUUUCCAACCCUUGGCCAAAGAGCUCAAAGAACAGUAUUCCACGUUUUUCAGCAUCGAAGGAUCGGAUGAUGAUCGAUAUGCGACUGUAAAAUUGAAGUCUAAUGACUACGCUGAAUACUUCAAGAGUGCAUCGAAGCAGCGCAAGGUGACAGAUCUAUCGUUAGACCAACCGCUUUCAAAAGGCCAGAUCCAAGUGGUACAGCACUUUGUCCAGAAACUGUGUGAGCAGGAUCUGUAUGAUAAGCUUGGAUUAGCAGAGUUUUUUGACCAAAAGCUAUCGAAGAGCGACUCCUUGGCUGGCGGGUUAGGCGACGAAGCAGAAUCACUGCGAGCCUAUACGAGAAACAACUUGACGGAACAUCUGAAACAAGUCGAUCUGGAUAACGCGGAUCCGUCGAUCAAGGCUCAAAUGGGCCCUCUGAUUGUUAAGAUCUUUACGAAUGAACAAGCUGUCCAAUCCAGCAACAAGUAUUACUGGAGCUCCUGGGCGUACAAUGACCCUGGUCUUAAUGAGAUCGCGCGUCUACUGAAGAGCUCUGCAGUCAUCAAGGACGUUAUCAGGGAUGACAAAGUUGGCGCAACUUGGAUUGCCAAUGUUGUCCGUUCAGGAAAUCCAGAUGUUGAGCUUCUACGCUCCCAGUGCCAAGCUAUGGCAAAAGCGUGGGAGAAGGCGGAAAGCCCUCGGGACAUCAAUGGCGCUUUCACGUGGUGGUUCGGAUUCUACAAUAAGAUCGAGCAUAUGGGGAACUCAGCGGACAGACUCAAAGAGCCCCCACAAAGCUUUGACAACAUAUUUCCGGAUGUCAUCAACCACAUUUAUGAGACAGAGAUUUCGCCAUUCCUCAACAGCACGGAAGCUAUGAGUUCUAGAAGAUUGCGGAGCUUGGGCUUCACGUUUCUCAAGUGCAAACAUGUAGCAGAAGCUAUCAGAUGGCUGAAAAAUGCGCUGACAGUAGAUCCUGAUGAUCUGCUUGCUCAUAACGCAUUGGCAGAUGCUUAUGCGAUUGAUAUUCGCGCCCAGUCUAUCUUUCCUGACUGGAACAAAGCACUGUACCACAAGGAAAUCGUCAUUGAGCAACUGAAAGCUGAAAAGAGACUAUACAGUGAUACUGAGCCGAAUGCUUCGCGAAAAUCAGCCGACACAAAAAAAGCAGCUUGGCUACGAGAACUUGAGAGAUACGAAGAAUCCCGGACUAUUUUGUAUAAUCUACUGGAAGAAAGCCCGGAGGAUGACAAGGUUCGACUUGAACUUGUAAGGACCCUGUGCAAUUGUAAAAAGUUCAACGAGGUUGUCGAUCUUCUCCACACAAUGAAGAAGGAGGUGGUCGAAACGACUAAUAUCAGUGCCACUUCGCGCUUCCUACGAUUUCACGCUUUCGACAAUACUUGUCACGCCUUGUUAGUUUCCGCUUUCCGUCAAGAAGACCGAUUUGAAGAUGUGCAAAACUACUAUCGGCUGGCCAUUAAGGAUUGUGCUAGUGAAGACCGUACAGGGCAAUGGCAAACCUAUUGUCUCACCAAUUAUUUGGCAUCUAUCCUCUUCAAGUUUGGCGAAGGUACGAAGGACCGUGAAGAGGCGAUAACCUUGUGGGAAAAGGUGAUCAAGGAACGUAAAGACAGCAUGGGGCAAAGCAUCAUACAGUUAUGCGAGGCUUACCUUGCUCAAGCUCUCAAAGCCGGGCCGGGGUCUCUUAUCGCUGAUGCAAUGCUGGCAAAGAUCGAAGCUUUCCUAUCGACUACGGGUAAUGAAAACGAGGAAAAUGAUGUAUCACAGUCGUCUGUGCGCGCAUUGCUGGCCCGAUACUACCGAGCUAUCGACGAUACAAUGAAAACUCAAGAAACUCUUCGACCCGACAUGGAGCUUGCGUUGAAGUUACUCUUCGACAAUGAUGAUGAGAAUGAUUGGCAGGGGUACCGAAAACUUGCAGAUGCACUCAUGGAUUUCGGCGCAUUUGAAGAGUCGCAAGCAGCUUGGUCUUUGAUUCAGCCAACGCAGGGCAUCUCGCACCUACUGCAGUGUUCAUCGCCAACUGAGCCGGUCACCCAAUUUGCGUCAUUAUUAGCGAUUGGGACAACCGGUGACAGUACUAAUGCGCCGUCCACGCCAUUGGAAAAUGAAACUGCUUUGCCUGCUCGUCCCACGCUCAAUCGGGCCAAUACCACAAUGUCGCCCAUGGGUCCGUUGCACUAUCAUUGUGAUGGUCUUUGCGGAACAUAUUGGACAUAUUCCGAUGACUUUUAUAUUUGCUGCGAGUGCAUUGACGUUCAAUUCAACGAAGACUGUCUUAGGAAGCUUCAAGCCGGUCAGCUCGAGCAUGAAGUAUGCGAUCCGGGACACAAAUUUCUUCACGUACCACCUUGGACUAUUGCCAACGCAGAGCUGGCUCGGGACGGAAAGGUUCUUGUUGGAGAGUCAGUGAAAGAUAUCAAGCUCUGGUUGGGGGAGAUAAAGCAAGCAUGGAAUCUGGACUUUAUCGAUGCUACGGCAUAA